AUGUGCAUCCUCAAGGAUGCCAUCUCGCGCAGGGAGGAUUCGGCUGACCAGUUUGGGACGCUGCACAUCCGCAUACGGUCGUAUGCCAGGAAGUUGGUCCGACAGCCGCUGGACAGGAAGCACCAGGGCUCCGUGGCGAAGUUUGGUCACACUAUAGAUUUUGCGAGAUUGAGGGACGACCAGGGGAAACAGCAAACCAAGUUCACCAUCUUUAGCAAAGGCAAGGAGUGGAAAGAAUAG